UGUUAAAAAUUAUUAAAAGAAUAGGAAAAAGAAACUUUUAAUCUCAUUUAGAUCUGACCAAAGCUGAUUAUGUAAGUCUUUGGUCAUGCAACCUAUUUUAGACCAAAAAACAUUUAGCCUGGUUCAUGUUGCCUGUUGCGGACUACUAAUAACAGAAACAACAGGCGGACGAGUUUUGUAGAAAGCCCAACAAAACAAAUAGAAGUAUCUGCAACUCAAGAGCAAAUACCUGGUUUGUUUGUAUCCGAGUCCAAUAAACUCACAAAGAAUCUCAUCGCUGCCUGUGAAUCUGCCCGAUCGAUCAUCCGCUAGAGGAACUUUCAGACAGACAAACAUGGAGGGAGAGGACUCUCGUUUAGUGGAGAAAACAGAAGAGAGAACCAGCGCUACCACCACAUCCGACGCGUCUGCCUCUGCUGAUGGCGAUUCUGACGGCGAGGCGGAGUCUUCUUCCGCUUCGACCUCGACCCUUUUCAUGGAUAACGUCGGGGAAGUGGUUCUCACACUCGGUUCUGAUGGGUUGUCGUGGAAAUUCCCGGACUCUGAUUAUAAGGAUUUAUCUUCUUGCUUUGGGAUCAAAUUGGGCGGCGACGUUGUCACUGAGAUCAAAUUCUCAGAGAUAUAUGGGGUGGAGUUGAUCAGCUAUGGUGUAAUUCGCGGUUCUAAUCACCCGAACAUAGGGAAGCUCAUAUCACUCCAUGGGCAUGGCGACACCCAGAUGUAUCGCUUCACAGUGCAUGGUAUUAAGAAGUCGCAGCACUCUCAACUUUGUCUGGCAACAUACACUUUCGGUCACAAGGAUUCAGAGAUCUGCCACAGGUGGACUGAUUGGAUCGAUGCUUCUCUGAAAGUGGAAAUUGAGAGACCGAAGAAUCUUCUGGUUUUCGUUAAUCCAAGGAGUGGGAAAAAACAUGGUUGCAGAACGUGGGAAAAUGUGGCUCCGGUAUUUUCACGUGCUAAAGUAGAUACAAAGGUGAUUGUGACAGAGAGGGCAGGACAGGCUUUUGAUGCCAUGAUUUCUACCUCAAAUGAGGAGCUACGUUCAUAUGAUGGUGUCAUAAUUGUUGGUGGUGAUGGCUUCUUCAAUGAAGUCCUCAAUGGAUUUCUACUUUUUAGACUUAGAGCUCCUCAUCCACCAUCUCCUUCAGAUAUCCUUCACUUGAAUAGGAGUAAUGGCCCUGUUUUAGGCCAUGAUACACGAGAAGCUACAGCUGAAACUCCUGAAACUGAAGCUGCGUCUCCCCUUCUUUCAUCAUCUUCAACUCAUAAAGCCAUAGGGUUGGCCAAUUCCAGUACCGAAAAUGACUCAGGCUACUCAGAUGAAGAGCUCGACUUUCCAUUCCCUCGUGAACACUUGAGAUUCGGAAUUAUUCCAGCUGGUUCUACAGAUGCCAUUGUGAUGUGCACUACUGGAACUCGAGAUCCUAUAACCUCUGCCCUGCAAAUUGUCCUGGGAAAAAGAAUCUCUCUUGAUAUAGCUCAAGUAGUGAGGUGGAAGACAACAUUUACAGCGGAUGUCGAUCCUUGUGUACGCUAUGCAGCUUCUUUUGCUGGGUAUGGAUUUUAUGGAGAUGUCAUUACUGAGAGCGAAAACUACCGCUGGAUGGGCCCCAAGCGCUAUGAUUAUGCUGGAACCAAAGUGUUCUUAAGACACAGGUCUUAUGAAGCAGAAGUAGCAUACUUCGAAUCAGAGUCAGAAAACCCAGAAUCGCCAGUUGAGAGAGGUAGUAAUCCCUGCAGCAGCUGGAUGAAAUCAAUGUGUUGCUCGGAGAAACCCCAAAGAGUCAUUUGUCGUGCGAAUUGUGGGGUAUGUAGUAAUUCCAAGCCAGUCCAUAUGUCCAAAACAAGACAGCGUUUAACGCCCUAUUCAUGGCGUGGAGGGGGAGUAGGGGGACGGUGGCAGAAAUGUGCGGGACGAUUUCUCAGCGUUGGUGCCGCCAUAAUAUCAAACAGAAACGAAAAAGCACCGGACGGUCUGGUUGCUGAGGCCCACUUAUCAGACGGCUUCUUGCAUCUCCUGUUGAUCAAAGACUGCCCGCGUGCUCUUUACCUAUGGCACCUUACUCAGCUUGCAAAGAAAGGCGGCGAGCCCCUCAAUUUCAGUUUCGUAGAACACCACAAGACACCUGCUUUCACAUUCACAUCCAUGGGGAAGGAGAGUGUUUGGAACCUGGACGGCGAGCCUUUCCCAGCGCACCAGCUGUCGGCACAAGUGUUCAGAGGCCUUAUCAGCCUCUUUGCGUCUGGCCCUCCUGUUUAGUAAAAGGAAAAGCAAUAGGCAGGCAGCGAACUUGCUUGUUAUCCAUGACGGAUAUGGUUCAUCAGCAUCAUCAUUUCGUCGUAAUCUAUGUUUCCGUUUUGCUUAUCGUUCCAUUCCGAUAAACUGAACUGCCCUCUCCACGAAGUUAACUGAUCGGAGCAGCAAGGAAAACUGGAUGAAACAAUACUGUUGGGUUAGCAUUUUGUUUGGAAUGUAAUUCAGUCAAGAGUUUGAAUAAUAGCCAUUUCUCACAGGAAUCACUGUUCAAGGUAGACUUGAGAUACAAGAAAGCCGGUGGAAUCUGGCUCAGUCAAAUCCCUUGUAGACACAACCAGGCCCAACCACGAUAAUGGAGUUUACGUAGAAACAGGGCCACCCUCAUUAAUGGCGCUACCACUAUUGUAUAUAAACCUAAUUAGAAAAAUACAGUUCGCCAAUAACAAUUAGACAAAACAUAUUACUUUAAGUCUUAGUAUGAUUAAUUUUAUGGAGGGAUUGACAUUUCUUACGUAUCAAUUAAAAAAAAUAUAUUAUACAAGUUUUUCGUAGUAUAAGCUUGAGAUAAGAUUCAUUUAUUAUUAGCUAAAUUGUUUACCAUGUCGUCAAUUUGCAUUAGGUUAUGCAAGGUUAAUUAUUUUUAUAUAAUAGUUAAAUCAAAAUUCAAAUGAGAUACUCUUUAUAACUUAAUUUUUUUUAUUAUUAACUAAAAUUAUUUUCUUAUUACUUACAAUAUUCACAUCUCAUCAAUUUGCAUAGGUUCUUUGAGGGAAGUUAACUUUUACAUAACAGUUUAAUAAGAUGUUUUGUUUUUCGAAGCUUAAUUCUUUUAUUAUUAACUACAACGUUAACUAUCUCAUCAAUUUGUAUAUUUGAGUUUAACUUUUAUAUAGUAGUUUAAUAAGUUGUGACACUUUGCAUAAAUUGAUUCUAUUAUUAAACCACAUUAAGAAAGUUUUACGCAAUACUAUUUCAUAAAUUACAAAUACAUUACAUAAAACUUAUGCAGAGAUAAUUAUUUCAUACGUAUCAAUCAAACAAAACUUACUACAUAAAUAUUUUUGUAAUGAUUAAGAAAUUACGUAAAAUAUAUUUUACUUCAACUAAAUCAUUAAAUGAUUGAAUGAAAUUUUAAAUGCAAU